AUGACUUCCCCUGAACUAUCAGAGAAACACGACCCCGACUCGCCUCCACUGGUGACACUGGCAUCAGACGCUAGCGGCAAGGAUGAAGUGUAUGCGCUUGCGGCGGAAGUGAGCUCGCUGCUCGAAGAUACCGAGUACCCCACUCGCCGGGUCGAUCUCCAUAUAUUGCCGUGGCUCUGCGGUAUCUACUUACUCCAGUUCUUGGAUAAACUGUUAUUGAACUAUGCUGCUGCCAUGGGGAUCAAGGAAAACCUCCACGGGUCGCAAUUCGCUAACUUGCUGACGAUGUUUUAUGGGGCGUAUAUUGCUGGGGAGCCAGUGAUGGCGUAUGCGAUGCAGCGGUGGUCGCUUCUGAAGAGCUUGGGAGUGUUUGUCUGCUGCUGGGGCGUCGUGGUGGCGUGCCAUUGUGCCUGUACCACCUACGCUCAGCUUAUGGUGGUGAGAACGUUGCUUGGGAUAUUUGAGCUGUCGCUGGCAGUGGGGCUUAUCUAUAUCAGCAGCAUGUGGUAUAGUAAGAAGAGCCAGGCGGCGAGAAUGGGGCUCUGGCUGUCGAUGGCGGGUGUAGCCACGAUCAUCGGCGCCCUCCUCCUGUUUGGCUUCCAGUAUAUCCACCUGCCGAAAUUUGCUCUGUGGCAGAUCCUCUUCUUGGUGAUGGGAGUGAUCACGUGUGCGUUUGGCGUGGGAGUGUUUUGGUGGCUUCCCGAUAAUGUCGCCACGGCAUCAUGGCUUACCCUGGAACAAAAAUACGCAGUGGUGGCAGCGAUUAAGGCUAACCAAACUGGCAGUAAGUGUCAUGUGGUUAAACGUAACCACAUUGCCGAGCUUUUAUGGCGAGACCCGUUGACUUGGCCGUAUUUCUUCAACAUCUUAAUCUCACAGAUCGUCACGGGAGCUAUCGGUACUUUCUCCGUCACCGUUACCAUGCUGUUUGGCUUCACUAAUAAAACCAGUGCCCUUCUCCAGAUCCCCGUCGGAGCUCUCAUCAUCAUUGUCAUCAUGACCCUGACAUUACUCGUCCAGUUUGGUGGGUAUAUGGUGAUCAUCAUCACCAUGCUCAUCCCCAGUGUCGUGGGAGCCAUCGUUCUUUUGUGUCCCGUUUCCAAAUACGGCCAGUUAUUCGGGUUAUACUUGUUGUACCUGGGGCUGUCGUCCAUCACUCUUUUCUAUGCGUGGACGAUGGCCAACACCGGUGGCUCCACCAAGAAAUUUGCCCGUAAUGUGAUGACGAUGGUGGCGUUUCUGGUGGCGUGUAUCAUUGGCCCGCAAUUGUUCACUGGUAAGACGUAUACUGCGGCUAAGAUCGUCCUCUUAGUGACUCAACUGGUGGCGAUUCCAAUGGUAUUGGGCAUCGGCUAUAUGUGCCAUUAUCUCAACCGUAACCGACAAAGAGAGGCCACUGGCGAAUACUCUUUGCUCGACAUCACCGACCGCGAGAACCCCGAGUUUGUAUAUAAGUAUUAG